AUGUUGGGAGGUUUCAGCCGUUUGUUCAGUUCAUCGGGCGGCGCGUCAAAGAAACCUCCCGCUGAAGCCCCGGUCAACGUGAAGUACAAUGCGCCCACAUCGCACAUUCAACCGUCUGUCAAGAAGAGGAGCAGCGCCUUGCAGCAGCUGCCCAGCGACAAGAGCAAAGCCUUUGAUUUUCUCAAUGAGGAAUUGGCAGUGGAGAGCAUGGUGUCCAGGCGAGAACAGAAACGGGCACAGUAUCAGCAGGUUAAAGCCCAUGUCCAGAAAGGGGAAGAGGGCAGACUGCAGGCUUAUGGCUGGAGUCUCCCCAAGAAGCACAAAAACAAUGGUGGUCAAGAGAAGAUGAAGGACCUACCUGUCCCGGUUUUCCUACGACCUUUAGACGAGAAAGAUGCCUCGAUGAAGCUGUGGUGUGCUGCUGGCGUGCAUUUAUCUGGAGGUAAAACCAGAGAUGGGGGUUCCAUCGUAGGAGCCAGUGUAUUUUACAGCAACGUGUCAGGACCAGAGAGCCCCAAAAAGAAAACAGGAUCUCAGAGCAGCUUGGAAAAAUUGGAUCAAGAACUCAAGGAACAGCAAAAGGAACUGCGACAACAUGAUGAAUUGUCAUCGUUGGUGUGGAUUUGUACCAGCACCCAGUCGACUACUAAAGCUGUUGUCAUUGAUGCUAACCAGCCCGGAAUCAUCCUUGACAGCUUCAUUGUGUGUGAUGCCCACGUCCUUUGUAUCACCAGUGUUCCAGGUGCAAGAGAGACGGACUAUCCAGCAGGUGAGGAACUCACCUUGAGUUCAGAGACUGCGCCUGUCGAAAAGGCCUGUUUGUCCAACAGCAGUAGCAGCACAGCCAGCAGUGAUGGCGUGCUUGGAGGCAUCACUGUCGUAGGCUGCACAGCUGAGGGAGCAACGGCUGUCCCUCAGACAGCAGACGGUGCAGGCAAAGAAAACGGAGAAAUGGAAACCACUGAGGAGAGUGGAGGGUCUGCCCGUCAGAGAGGAGUAUACAGUGAAUAUGCCUUCACUGAUCCUUUGGGGCUGCAGCAGACAGCAGAGGCUUCCACCAAGUCCUCUCAAAGUCGAGAGUGUGACCUGGUAAAAGCUGGCAUGAGUUCAAACUCCACUGCUGAGGAGCAGGAUCUGAUGAGAGAAGAGGCUCAGAAGAUGAGCAGCGUCCUGCCCACGAUGUGGCUUGGGGCACAGAACGGAUGUGUGUAUGUCCACUCCUCUGUGUCACAAUGGACAAAGUGUCUCCAUUCUGUCAAGCUGAAAGACUCUGUACUCGGCAUCGUACACGUGAAAGGGCGUGUCCUGGUUGGCCUGUCUGAUGGCACGUUAGCCAUCUUCCACCGUGGAGCUGAUGGGCAGUGGGAUCUGACCAACUACCACUUGCUCGACUUGGGGAAACCUCACUACUCCAUCCGCUGCAUGACUGUGGUGCACGACAAGGUGUGGUGUGGUUUCAGAAAUAAGAUAUAUGUGGUGCAGCCCAAAGCUAUGAAGAUUGAGAAGUCAUUUGAUGCACACCCCCGUAAGGAGAGCCAGGUGCGUCAGUUGGCAUGGGAUGGUGACGGCAUUUGGGUAUCUAUCAGGCUGGACUCCACCCUCAGGCUCUUCCACGCCCACACUUUCCAGCACCUACAGGACGUGGACAUUGAGCCUUAUGUCAGCAAGAUGUUGGGUACGGGGAAACUGGGCUUCUCAUUUGUGCGCAUCACGGCUCUCAUGGUGUCAUGUAACCGUCUGUGGAUUGGUACUGGAAACGGAGUCAUCAUUUCGAUCCCUCUCGUAGAGACUAAGCCUACGAAGGGAACAGGUAACCACCCAGGGAGUGAGAUUCGCAUCUACGGUGAUGAGAGCAGUGACAAAGUAGCUGCAGGGACAUUUGUUCCAUACUGCUCCAUGGCCCACGCGCAGCUCUGUUUCCAUGGACACCGCGAUGCCGUGAAGUUCUUCACCGCCGUCCCAGGUCAUGCCCUUCCAUCCACAUCCAGCUGUGGAGAUGACAAGACGUCAGACGCCCCAUCUCAGGAUGGAAACAAGUCGAUGUUGGUGAUGAGUGGGGGGGAAGGCUACAUAGAUUUCAGGAUGGGGGACGAGGAGGUGGAAGCGGCGGAAGUGGAGGAUGCCCCAAUGAAACUUCAGUCCCCGCUAUCAAUAGCUGAGCGCAGCCACCUCAUCGUAUGGCAGGUCGUGGACAAUGACAAAUGAAGCGCCGACCUCAGCACCCUCAGACCUGCCUCAAGCACUUUGUUUUUCAAAGCCAAACAACGAGAAGUGAUGUCGGUGCGUCUUCACUUAUUUGGCCUAACGUUUUCCUCGUGAAUACGAAAACCUUAUUUAUUUAUUCCGCACAUCUGUUCUACACAUCAGUCAUAAAAACCCAAACAUAAACCAGUCAUUUUAAUGAGAAAUGUCUGGUUGAAGGCAAGUCAGACUAGCUGUGUUUAUUUGAAAUAGUGUGUAGGCAAUAAUGUACAGCAGGAAACAAACUCAAACUCAACGGAGUUUUCCUUUUUUUUUUAAACCAAAAAUAUAGUCGAGUGUCUCUCCCCAGUCCACGACAUGGAUUAUUAUUGUCUCCAAAUAUGCAACACAUAGCACAGGCAGCAUCCAGUUUUGUGCCUUUUGGUUGACAUUCGACUCCUCGAAGCGGAACGUGUUCGGACAAAUGAACACGUUGGCUGUUUUGCAUAAAACUGCUGUGCCCAGGACGAGUCCAACCAAAUAAGUGUCAAAGGAUGCAAGAAUAGACUCGGUCGAUCAAAAGAGAACAUUGUGACACGGUCAUGCGUGUGUUUCCAAACACUUUAACUCCGACAGCUGGAAAUGAUCAAGAAACAUGCUGGCAAAGGAACGGAAAAUAGAAAAGAUGAUCAGCAAUAAUGUUGGAGGGUUUUAGUUACAAACUUGUUGAAAUACUACAGUGAUCUAUUUUUUUUUAAAUAGGUGUUUCAAUAUAAGAACAUUGAUGGCGUAUUUUAGUUUUCCUUUACUCAUUUGCAAGACCGAGACCCCCCCUCCCCCACACACAAAUGUAAACAGUCCUCCAGCUGCCUUAGGCCUUUCCCAGCAUAUAUUUAUUUUUGGCUUGAAAGAAUGUUACGUUUGCUACCAAAGGAUUCUUCAUCAAAGCUCGGCACGCUCUGAAUUAAACAAAUUGUGUCUCAUCAGAAUGCAACGCCUUUUGGUAACAAAAAAAUAAAAAUCAGCCUCUGUUUUGCUAACAUGCAUAUAUUUUGUAAGCAAAAUCUUGGUGUACAUAAGAUGUAUUUUUCAGACUUCAGUUUGGAAAUUGUGGUGGAAUAUUUUCAUAGAAUGAGAAGAGACAAAAAAAAAA